AUGACAUGGCUGACCCUCCUCGCGGGGACGAUCCUCGUCUGGCUGAUCUGGAACCUGUCCAGCCUAUGUAGAAACUACAUAUCCGCCCGCAAAGUCCAGGCGCCAACCUUCAUCAUCCCCUGGAACAUCUACAAUCCAAUAUGGAUGAUACUCUCGGUGCCGCUGGCACCAUACCUGCAGAGAUACCUGCCAACGGCGUGGUACCGGACGAUCAACAUGGGGAUCUACGGGUUCGAGUUUCGCAGCAAGGAGAACGUGUUUGGCGAUGACAAGGAUAACGAUGUCGUCGUGCUGGUCACUUCUGGGCCCGUCGAGAUGUCGAUUCGCGAUCCCGAGCUGGCGACGGAGAUUCUCAAGAGGAUGAAAGACUUCCCCACCACGGAGAUCGCGGGCGUUAUUUUGAACGUGUUUGGGCCGAAUGUCCUCACUAGUAAUGGGGAGGAUUGGUCGAGGCAGAGGAAAUUGAUCGCUCCCAAUCUCAAUGAGAAGAUCAGCAAGCUCGUCUUCGGCGAGUCCACCUCUCAGGCACGACAGAUGCUCUCUUCAUACGUGGACGAUUUCCAGGGCGUGACCGACGACACGAUGCGUGGCAUGAAAGCGAUCGCGCUCAACGUACUCGGAACCGUUGGAUUCGGAAUAUCCCGACCAUGGAAGAAAGGGAAAGACGAAAAGCCCGAAGAGGGUUUCAAGCUGACGUACAUGGACGUAGUGUGGACGUUAGUUGAAAACAUCGUCGAGGCCGCCAUAAUGCCUACGAAGCUGCUCACCUCGCCACUUUUCUCGCCUCCAUGGCACGCCAUCGGGCACGCCAAGGUCGAGUUUCCAAUUCACACCAGGAGGAUGCUGGAGCGUGAGAGGACGCGGCAGAAUACGUCCUCCGAGACCAGCAGUAAUCUGAUGAGUAUGAUUGUCAGACUUGUGGAUGAGACCGCUUCGGGAGGUGGCAAUGACACAAAUGAUACCGUUGACGAGAAGAACGUCAAGAAGAAAUCGUUGUCGAUGAGUGAGGAAGAAAUCCUGGGGAAUUUGUUCGUCUUCACCGCGGCCGGAUUCGACACCACGGCCAAUACUAUGGCAUAUGCCCUUGCACUUCUCUCCACAUACCCCGAAUGGCAAGACUGGCUAUACGAAGAGAUAUCUGCCGUGCUUUCAGACAAAGACAUGGACAGCCUUGAUUACAAUGAAAUAUUUCCCAAACUUCCGCGGUGUCUGAGUUUGAUGACAAAUCAAGCACCAGGACGUGACGGUAACGACGCCGGGAGGUAA